GCUUUCCUUUGUUGACGUGCAAUUCUUGUGCAGGUAUUUCGCUGAUUGCAUGGGUUGAGUUGUGCAGCCACACGUUUGGCAUUACCGUUCAAAAUUCGUGUUAAAGUUCAUGUUUUCUUUGUGCAUUUUCACCGCAACCAACAACGAUUGUAGAAUUCCGAUUGAAGCUACCACUGUCAGCCGAUAGCCAUGAGUACUAUACUGGAAAAGAUCGCCCAAAUUGAGGCUGAGAUGGCCCGUACUCAGCGGAACAAGGCCACAGCUGGUCAUUUGGGUCUGUUGAAGGCUCGGUUGGCGAAACUUCGACGAGAACUGAUCACCCCGAAGGGAGGUGGCGGUGCUUCUGAACAGGGCUUCGAAGUGUCCAAAACUGGUGAUGCACGGGUUGGAUUUGUUGGGUUUCCCUCCGUAGGUAAAUCGACAUUGCUGUCCAAUCUGGCUGGCGUUUACUCGGAAGUAGCGGCGUACGAGUUUACAACGCUGACAACCGUGCCGGGAUGUAUCAAGUAUAAGGGAGCUAAGAUCCAGCUGCUGGAUUUGCCCGGUAUUAUCGAGGGUGCGAAAGAUGGCAAGGGUCGCGGUCGGCAGGUCAUUGCCGUGGCUAGAACAUGUAAUCUGAUUUUUAUGGUGCUAGAUGUGUUAAAGCCGCUGACUCACAAGCAAAUUUUGGAGCAUGAAUUGGAAGGCUUCGGAUUGCGGCUGAACAAACAACCGCCGAAUAUUAGUUUCCGCCGGAAGGACAAGGGUGGGGUCAAUCUGAAUGCGACGGUAGCUCAGUCCGAGCUGGAUCUGGAUAUGGUUAAGUCGAUUUUGUCCGAGUAUAAGAUACACAACGCGGACAUCACGCUCAAGUACGACGCCACGACGGACGAUCUGAUCGAUGUGAUCGAGGGUAACCGAAUCUACAUCCCGUGCAUUUACCUGCUGAACAAAAUUGACCAGAUCAGCAUCGAGGAACUGGACGUGAUCUACAAGAUUCCGCACUGUGUACCGAUUUCCGCCCACCACCACUGGAACUUCGACGACUUGCUGGAGAUGAUGUGGAAGUAUUUGAAGCUGGUUCGGAUCUAUACAAAACCCAAGGGACAGCUACCGGAUUACAGUUCGCCGAUUGUUUUGCAUCACGAACAUACGACCAUCGAGAACUUUUGUAACAAACUGCAUCGAACGAUUGCCAAGGAGUUUAAAUAUGCUCUUGUGUGGGGAUCUUCGGUAAAACAUCAACCCCAGAAAGUGGGCAUCGAUCACGUCCUAAAUGACGAAGACGUAGUCCAGAUCGUAAAGAAAGUGUAAGACGGCGAGUUUUGUAAGUCAGCUAAUAAUUUUAUGAUCAUUAUUUGCUAUAUAUAAAAAUGCAAUCCCGUUCAACAUUCAAGCAAUUGAGGAAAAACAUGUUAA